AUGACAACCGGAAAAGAUGACGAUCAAAUCACCACGGCGAGUCUACCUUCAUCUCCAGCCAAUGAGAUCCACGCUGACACGGUGGAUAUUGAAAAACACACCGAGUUGGAAAGAAGGGUUAUGCGAAAGAUCGACUUUUGGCUUGUUGGCUUCUACUCAUUGGUAUACGUCUUCAGAGUCAUCGACUCAAGCAAUUACGCCAACGCUGCCAUCAUCAAUCUGGAAGACGGGACUGGAAUCAAAAAAGAGCUUCACUUCGAUGCCUCACACUGGUCGUGGACACAAUCAAUCUUCUCAUACAGCUACCUGAUCUUCGAGCCCUCCAACACCAUCCUUCUCAAAUAUUUCACGCCUUCGCGAUGGAUGUUCAUUCUGAUCCUCUCUUGGGGUAUUUGCGCCUGCUCUGCUGGUGCCGUCCAGAACUUCUCGGGUAUGAUGUGCGUGCGAUUCGCGAUCGGGAUGGCUGAAGCUGGAUUCUAUCCGGCUGUGCUCUUUCAUAUGGCAUUCUGGUACAAGGCGACCGAGAUGCCUUGGAGAAUUGCGCUAUUUUACUCCCUUGGUCAGAUAUCUGGUGCAUUGAGUGGGCUUCUGGCAUACGCGAUCAGCUUUAUGAAUGGUAUUGGUGGGCUCUCUGGCUGGCGGUGGCUGUUUAUCAUCGAAGGUCUCCCGGCUAUUGCACUAUCUUUUGUUGCUUUGUUUGGUCUACCAGAUUACCCCGAGACUGCCAAAAUGUUGACAGAUGAGGAGCGACGUUUCCUGAAGGAUCGUCUUUCUUCCGUGGCACCCUCUGGCAAAGGGAAAAGCUGGGACUGGGAUAACAUCAAGGCACUCUUUUUGAGUCCUACGCUGUACACCUUUGGACUUUACUGGAUUGGACAUGGUAUUGGUGGAUUCGGAGUCACGUAUGCAUUGCCAACUGUUAUUUAUGACCUUGGUUUCACAUCAACCGCUUCGGCGCAGUUGAUGAACAUCCCACCUUACGUCGUAUGCUUUUUCUUCCUGAAUACCGUCGGAUACUUGAUACAUAAAGAAAGGAUCCGGCCAUGGACAACCGCAGUUGCAAGCAAGUGCCCUUCUCGCUACGUAUCUUCAAAUUAUGUACUAACAGCAUCAACAGUCGAAUCUACAACAAUAAUCUGCUAUAUAAUCCUAAUCACAGUCCGAAAUCCUAUUGUCAAAUAUCUGGCCUUGGUGGUAGCCACUGCCUGUGCUGGAUCAGCAUACCCUGUCAUCUGGCCAGAACGCAUUCGCGCACUGGAGGGUACCGCAGGCGCAGGUAUAGGAAUCGGGCUGACCAAUGCACUGGCGCAAUUCAGCGGGAUAGCUGGACCUUUCAUUUACAGUACAACAUUUGGGCCGACAUAUCGCGUGUCGUAUAUCAUUUGUCUUUGCUUCCUUUGCGUGUCAAUUUCGGGGAUUUUGGCUUCGUGGUGGCUUGUAUGGCGAAAGGAUAAAACAGGCUUGCGACUAAGUAUUGAACAACAAGAUGCAUGA